AUGAGUAAUCAAACAGUAACCUACACAGAACUGAACCUGGUAAAGAAUCCAAAAAGGCAAAAAAACGAACUUAAGGAUGCUGAUAGCUCCAUUUCAAUUACUGAGCAAGGAUUAAUUUAUGUGGAAUUAAACCUUCACACCGCAUCUCAGAUUAUUCAAAAUAAUGGCAGUAAUCUCUUCUGCAAAGGAAAGCUUGUUGCUGGGGUCCUAGGAAUCAUCUGCAUUGUCUUGAUGGCCGGUAUAAUAACCAUGACAGCUCAUAAUUGUGGUCAUUGCCCAGAUGAAUGGUUUUACUAUUCCAGCAACUGUUAUCAUAUUAGUAGCGAAAAAAAAUCCUGGAAUGCAAGUCGGAUUUCCUGUGCCUCUAAAAAUUCAAAUCUACUUCAUAUAGAUAAUGAAGAAGAGAGGACAUUUAUAAAGCUCAUAUCACCAGUUUCUUCAUGGAUUGGGUUGUCUCGUGAAAGCCCUGACGAUAUAUGGCACUGGAUAAAUGGUACAAGUUACACUAAAAUCAUAGAAGAUCCAGGAAAGAAUUUAUACAACUGUGUUAUACUUGGUUCAUAUGAUUUUCAACUAAAUGGAUGUGGAGUUAAUAUAACAUAUAUUUGUAAGCGUAAAAUUUACAGGUAA